UCUUUCUCCUCAAACUUGAUGUCUUGAUGUAUUGCUGUGGGCUGGGAGGACAGUGGAGGAGAGUGCAGUCCACCUAUGGAGAGCAUAAGGACUCAGAUGUCGUCGAGGAACGAAACGCCCAGGUGCAGCUGGAGAAAGCCAAGUACAAACCUGUGGCAUUCGCUGUUCGUUGCAACUUCUCUUACACACCAGCUGAUGACGACAACGUCCCCGUACCCGGCCAAGCCGUCACCUUUGAGGCCAAAGACUUCCUGCAUGUCAAAGAGAAAUUCAACAACGAAUGGUGGAUUGGACGACCGGUGAAAGAGGAUGGUGUGGUGGGCUUCGUCCCCAGUCCAGUCAACCUGGAGACCAUCCUCAUCAGAAGAGAAGUCCAAGCAAGAAAAGCUGCCAAGGCCUUAGCCAAUAAAGCGGCAUCUCAAGCGGCUCAAGAUAUGAACUCCAAGAAAUAUACUCCUCCAUCCCAAGCCAAUCAGCAGGUGAAAAAGAAACCGGGGGAGCAGGUGAGCAUGUAUGAUGUUGUGCCCACGAUGCGUCCUGUGGUUCUCAUGGGGCCGUCGUUGAAGGGCUUAGAGGUUACAGACAUGAUGCAAAAAGCACUUUUUGACUAUUUAAAGCAUCGGUUUGAGGGAAGAGUUACCAUCACACGGGUCACAGCUGACAUCUCUUUGGCCAAACGCUCCAUCCUCAACAAUCCAGGCAARAAGGCCUUAAUGGAUCGAUCCAACACAAGAUCUAACUUGGAUACUGCUGCUCAGAUCCAGGGCGAGGUGGAGCGUAUAUUUGAGCUGGCACGCAGCAUGCAGCUGGUGGUUUUAGAUGCAGACACAAUUAACCAUCCUCUGCAGGUGUCCAAGACCUCGCUCGCACCAAUCCUCGUGUAUGUGAAGAUCUCGUCACCAAAAGUGUUAACAAGACUCAUCAAGACCAGAGGAAAGUCUCAGACCAAACACCUUAAUGUUCAGCUUGUGGCAGCAGACAAGCUUGCUCAAUGUCCUCCGGAAAUGUUUGAUGUCAUCUUAGAUGAGAACCAGCUAACAGACGCUUGUGAGCACAUCGCUGAUUACCUUGAAUCUUACUGGAGAGCAACACAUCCACCAGAGAUGGAGCCUGCUAAUGCAGUGGUGGCACAGCUGGCUGAGAACACGCUGCCUGCCAGUCCUACAACAAUACCGGAUGAGCAGAAGAGUAAGAAGUCAGCUGCCCCAAAGAGGAAGGGCUCCCAUGAGAACCACCCAGACAAAGAGCCCCCGUUAGUCCCAUACCAGGAGCAGAGAGCUGAGGAAGGUCAAAGAGAGGAUGAGGAGGAGAGGAUUUUGAGGACRGAACCAAAGAGACCCCAACACACCCACCACCAUCAUCACCAUCAUCACCACCGCCGGAUGGAGCACCACAGCCUCCCCCAGCGCAGCCAAGCAUCCGGCUGCAUGGAAAUAAAGUCAGGCAGAGAUCAAACCCAAAGGCUCCCACGGUGUCAUCUUCCAGAGGAGAGGGAGGAUGGGUUGGACAAUGUGGGAGAGAGGGAGGAAGAGGAGGAGGAGGAGGAGAAAACACACUACAAGCAACGGGGCCAUAACCAUCACAGCAGUAGCCACCACCAUCACCACCAUCACCACCACCACCAUCAACAGCAGCGUCAUCGUGGAAACAGCCAGCUACAUGACAGGGAUGGUUACGAGCAGGAGCACAAUGAACGCAACCGACAUCCGAGGCAUCACCAGCAUAUCCCUGCGCGGACGCACCACGCGGACCACUAUUCUGCACACAAUCAGCACAGCUACCACCACUACCACGGCAGAGACAGGGACAGAGACCGAGAUCGGGACCGAGACAGAGGUCGAGAUCGAGACAGAGAAAGACACAAAGAAUGGGACAGAGACAGAGGUAGAGACAAAGAUGCACAACAAUGGCACAGAGAUUCUUAUAUAAACUAGUGACUGCUGUUUUCUCCAGCAGCUUGGUGCACAGUCUUAUGCUGCUCAAUWCGAAAUGCACUUGCAGGUGGGAUGGAGUCCUGUUUGUCCUCCAUAUUUCUCUUAUUUAUUAUAUAUUUGACACUCUCUGUCACUCACACCUUUCAUUUGUUUUCCAAAAACAACUUAAGCCCUUCUAUACAAACACAAUUUAGUUUCAGGUUUUAAUAGAAGUAWAUUGGCAAGUAUUUGAAGCUGAGAAACUUAAACAUUAACUUCCAAUUAUUUAAUGUCAACUAAAAAAUAAAUCACACACUUUAUAAAUUCUCACUGCCCAAGAUUACAUUCUAAUCUACUUUAAGUUAAAAGAAACUGUAUUAUUAUUAUUCAAUAAAGGGGAUUUUUUAACAUGGUAGAUAGGUUUUAGAAUUUUAAUGUUUACAGAACAAAAGAGGUUUGUUUCUUAUUUUCAAAUGUUAAAAAAACAGCAAAGAAUAACCUGAUUUAGCAUCCUUUGCUCCUUCUGUUCUUUGUUUUAACUAUAGUGCAUCUUUAAAUGCCAAAAAUUUAUGUUAUUUUAAACACUGGUACGUAAAAUCAACCAUUAUUUUUGUCUCAUUUCUAAAUAAAAGUCAUAAUGUGCUUCCUAUUUUUAUAAUAAGCUUAUCAACUGUCUUGCAUUUGAUCUGUUUGGAAGCAUGAAUAGUUUUAUGGUGACACUGAAUUAUAUGCUGGAUACUCUAUGCAUCUUCUUGUGACAAAACACAUUGCUUGAAUACGAUCUAUGCAUUUGUAUAUACUUCAUAUUUGCCUUGCUGUGUAAAUGGAAAGAGAACCAGAGAGCCUGCUGCACUGUCGGAGUAGAUCUUCUGUGGAUGACUGGUUUUAUUUUCUGAAUGUUUCCUUCAAGAUUUGUUUUGAUUAUAUUGUUUUGUACAACCUUCAGAAGUUAGUUUCGAGAAUGAUGCAUUUUAUUGUUGGAAAAUCAUUAAACAAUAAAAAAUAGACAUUUCUUUUAAAAAUA